AUGAAGUUCCAGAACAACAGAAUUACAGAAAUCAGUAGCGGAACAUUCAAAGACGUAACAGUCAACGAUAUUAUAGAUCUGACAUACAAUCAGAUAUCUGUUGUAUAUGGAGACGCGUUCGUCAACAUUAGAGGAAAACCAGAAAAGAUGACUCUGAACAACAACCCGAUACACAUUAUCGAGACUAACGCAUUCAGGCAGUUGGACGUAAAGAGACUAUACCUGCAAGAUCUGAAGAUAGACCAUCUGGAGUACAAUACGUUUGAAGACGUCACGGCUGUGGAAAUCAAUCUGACAAAAAACAAAAUCAAGUCACUCGCCGCCGCCGUCUUCACUGGCACCAACACCUUACAAAAUCUGUACCUGGACAACGUAGGCCUGAAGGCUGUGUACGGCACGUUGUUCAAAGACGCAUCCACGGUGUCUGGGACAAUAAGCCUAGAGGGAAACGAGCUAAACCAGUUACCUGGUGAUUUUCUGUCGCAAGUCAGUCCAUACGAGAUAAAACUCGCUUCAAACAAGAUAUCAGUAUUCCCAAAGGAUAUGAUACAAAACACAAAAGUAAAACGAAUGUAAGUAUUAUCCUCGAACAAAAUUUCUAAAAUAUUAGUAUUUGAUGCAUUUCUUCUUCGUUUUUUAGGGGCGGCGGAGUAUCACUUUUAUAAGGUUACGCUAAUUUCUUAAAUAAUAGUUAAUAGCCACCAUUUUUAGGACAGCUGCAGACUUGUAUAAUGUAAGUCCAUGACACUGAAGUGGAUUUUUAAAAGUUAAGUCUAAGCAAAUGUUUGACAUUAUAAACAUUUUGAGGCCGGAUGUAGCACAGUUAUAAAGUGCUCAACUGAUGUGCCGUUGGUAUAUGGAUUGGACCCCUUCAGUGGGACCAUUAGGCUAUUUCUUGAUGAAGCUAAUACUCCACGACUGGUAUAUCAAACGCUAUGGUAUGUGCUAUCCUGUCAGUGGGAUGAUACGUAUAAAGGAUACCUUUCUUCUAAUGGAAAAUCGUAGCAGGUUUCCGCUCUAGGUAAGACUAUAUAUCAAAACUACCAAAUGUUUGACAUCCAUUAACCGAUGAUUACCAAAUCUAUGUGCUUUAAACUUUCAUGAGCACUUAAGUGUUUUUCCCCCACGCAAAGAUGUCUGCUUUCAACAGAUUUACAAGCCUUAGCGCACAUAGUUAUGACAAUUUCAUACAUAAUUUAAAUACAGUUAUUGUGUAUUAGCAUAACCAAGAAAUUAUUUUUUGUGUUUGUUAUGUUUUAUGAACUUCGCUGCUUAAUUAUUUUGUUUGCUCAUUGCUGUGUAUUACACUAUAAAGCUAGACUGCAUGGAUGCAAUUUUAUGUAUUUUCACCAACAAAAUAUUGAAACCAUCUUUCUCGCCCUCUCUCUACCACUUUCCAUU